AUGUGCUCACCACAUAACGUAUACAACAUCACAACUUCCCACUCCCCCACACCUCAGAACUCUCUCCCCCCCACUCUGGAACUCCUCUCCUCCCCCACCCUCAAGGAACUCUUCUCAGCCCUCCCGUGCAUCACUAGCUCUGGACACUCUCAGACCUCCCCCCCUCACCUCAGGAACUUUACCUCCUCCCCCCUCCCCUCUGGAACUCUCGUCCCCCCUCACCUCAGGAACUCUCUUCCUCAUCCCCCUCACCUCAGGAACACCGUCUUCCACUCCCCCCUACGCACCUCUCAGGAACUCUCCCCCCAUCACCUCAGAACUCUCACUCCCCCCUCACCUCUGAACUCUCUCCAUCCUUUCUCCACCCUCACCUCAGGAACUCUCUACUCCCCCUCACUCUUGAACAACUCUCACCCCCUCAUCCAUCAAUGA